UUUGUUUACUUGAGUGAUCAACAUGCACCAUCAUUGGUUAUCGUAUUUUGAAGAAUUGAAGUUGUGGAUAUAAAUUCAAAUCUGAAAAUGACUAAUCCAGUUGGACCUUUGAACAUGAGAGCUGACUGGGAUCAAGUUGGUUCAUCAGAACGGGAAAAGAAGCUUGUUGUAAACAAUGUUCUUACGUUUAUGUCGAACAAGAUUCAUGAAAUUCAACGUGGAAAACUGAUAGACAUAAUAAUGAAACAUAAUUUGUUUACUGAUGAAAUGAUAAGACAAGCUAGAAUAGUUCUCUGGGCUCAUUGUGCACCAGAGUCAUGCGGAUUUAACAGAGAAGGCUUACAAGUACGAAGGGACAAUAUUGAAAAUAUGUUCAAUCUUUUAUCUUUACUGAGCACAACAAGAAUGAAUGUCAAGUUCGUAGCAGACGAUAUUAAUGUUUUUCCAGCGAUACCACAUGAUGAAAUGAAUGAUGUUGAUAUAUCGUCACUUUUUGACUCCAUCGCUGGUCUGCAGGCUGACUUGUCAUCAGUUGUAUCAACAUUAUUACCAAUGCAGGAAAAAAUAUUUGAGCUAGGAAGAAAAGUUACAAGCGUGAAAAAAAAUUGUGCAAAAAAGGCUAUGACAAGUUGUUCUGAACUCUAUCAAGAUGACAGUGAUACAUCAAGACUAGAUAAAACUAAUACUUCAUUAUCGUGUGAUUCUCCAUCAGAUGCGUCUGUCAACAGUUUGAUCAUGCAAACUGAGAUCCCCCAAACCCCCGAUGUUCUUCCCAAUCCUCCAGAUGUUUUACUCUCACCCCCUCCUAUGAUCCCAUUGAAUAUGAGUGAUAUGAUUUUACCCACAAUGGUCAAUAAAGAACAUGCUCAAACCUUCGCUAAAGUGAAGCGACCAAAAUCUACCAUGAUACCAUGGCAAAAUAAUGCAAGGAGUUCUAAGUCAAAAUUAUACUCAAAUUUGCCCAGUAAGCUGAAAGGCAUGGCUAAAACCACUGACAACGCGAUAUCAUGCGCUAACUGCAAUACCACAAGGACGACACUUUGGAGACGAAGUGCAAAAGGAGAUCUUGUUUGCAAUGCAUGUGGAUUAUACUUCAGACUACAUGGGGUUCCUCGUCCUCUUGCUAUGAAGAAAAAUGGAUUACAAACUAGAACAAGGAAGGAGAAGAAAAAUAGAAAAAGCUCGACACCUCAGCACAACAAAGCAUCAAGUACAAGUCCAGGAUCUCUGAAAAACAGCACACCGAUUAUUGAUUCAUCAGCAAGAAGAAAUCUUGAAGAAUUUCCAUCUAUGAUCGCUUGGAGCAAAACUGUCCAUCAACUUUAUGGACUUGAUACAAGUAUGUCGUCACUUCCAUCUACAACUGAAAGUGCAUCGAUGUCUUUGCCACAAACCACUUCAUCUCCAGCUCUAAGUUCUGCUGUUAGUUCGACUACUUUAAAUCCACAUGCGGUUGUUUUGAAAUCAGAAACAGAUGAUCAGUUUUAGGUUUGGCUGCUUUUCGAUGGAUGAUUUUAUUCACUUUUUAUCCAUACGUUAUGUGAAUAUGGUAUGUGCCUGCUGUGAAAAUUUGCUUCAAAUUUGUUUCCAAUAUAAGCCUAUUAAAGUCCAGGCAGGGAAAUUAAAGUACCUAUCUUAGUCAGACUCUGAUGAUCAGUUUUUUUAAAAUUGUCUGCACUUCCAAAUAGAGAUUUUUUUACUUAAAGUUCUGUGCACAUCCUUUGUGUGAAUACAAUAUUAAAUAUAUAUGUCAUAUGA